AUGAUUUCCCCAGGACAGGUGCUGGGUCUAGUGGGAACCAAUGGCAUCGGCAAAUCUACGGCCCUGAUGGUGGGAAAACCCAGUCCAAGUGGAUGGCAUCCAAUGACGAGACAGAGCUAUUUUCUGAAUGUGGAGUCAGGGGAGUUCCGAGCUGCAGACCCGGACCCCGAUGGAGAGAUGAAAGUGAAGCUGGAAGAAAUCGAUGGCGAAGGUGAGGAGAAGCCAAAGGCAACAGUCACAGCAACCGCCUGCUGCAGUUGCAAAGCUCCUUUUCCCGUGGUCGAUCACAGCAAGCCUUCGAAAGAGGAGGUUGAAGAUGUGAAAGUUUGGAUGAAGACUGCCGCGAGAGUUCAAGUACCAUACAACCCAGAGGUUCCACAAUAUGUGGAAGGACACGAGGAUUUCAACGUUUGGUACGGCAAGUAUCUUUCGGACCGCCGCAAUCCCAGGGACAAAGACAGAUAUUCCGCAGGCCACACAUGUGAUCCUGAGAAGGAUUCGGGCUGGACGCAAGCUGAUUUACCUGGAUCCGGAAGCCCGGGCUUCUGCUUAUUCUACGCGCGUGGCUGUUGUGGCUUCGGGCACAAGUGUCGCUAUUUCCACCAUGUGCCCACGGUGCUGGACAUGGCUUCGGCCGACGAAGCGCACGACAUCUUCGGGCGCGAGCGCUUCUCGCAGCACCGGGACGACAUGGGCGGCGUGGGAAGCUUCAACAGUGACUGUACCACACUCUUUGUGGGGGAUCUGAUGUUCGAUCGCAGCGCCCCCGAUGCGGUGGAGCAAGUCCAGAGAGAAUUGGAAGAGAACUUCCGGAAGUGGGGUGAUGUGGAGGACAUUCGCGUGGUGUCCAGCAAGGCCAUCGCCUUCGUGCGCUACACCUGGCGCUGCAACGCGGAGUUUGCCAAGGAGGCCAUGGCGGGACAGCGCCUGGGGAGGUCCAAAUGUAUCGUAGUGAAUUGGGCCAGGGAUGACCCUCGCCCCGGUGCGAAGAAGCAGCGAACUCGUGAGAACCAGCAGCAGGUGGAUGCGGCUCUGCAGAACAAGGCAGCCGCGCUGGGCUGGACGCAGGUGGAGAUUGAUGCCAUCAACUCGCGCGUGAAGCUGGACAAGAUUGGUCCUGUGGGACCCUAUCCAGAUACGGAUCCUCAAUUCCAGCAAGCAGCGGCCGGAGUGGUGCGACAAAUGGCCCAAGAUGCCGCACAAAGCGAAGCGGACGCUGCCCCGGAUGCCUUGGAAGUCUCAGAUGCCGGAAGCUCCUUCCACACUUUUAGUGACUUUGAGUUGUAUGAGCUAUCCAUAGGAUCAAGCUAUGAUUGGGUGCUGGCGGGCAAGUUGAAACCCAACCUGGGACGCUUUGACAAUCCACCUGACUGGCAGGAGAUCAUUCAGCAUUUCAGGGGCAGUGAGCUUCAGUCGUACAUCAAAGGCAUGCUCGAAGACAGGCUCAAAGCUAUGAUCAAGCCUCAGUACGUGGACAAGCUCCCGAAGACCAUCGCUGGCACGGUGCAAGCGAUUCUGGAUAUGAAGGAUGAGAAGAAGAUGAAGGAGCACUUUUGCAAAGAGCUGGAGUUGAAUCACCUUCAGGAGCGUGAGAUCAAAGAUCUUUCUGGAGGAGAAUUGCAACGUUUCUCCAUUGCAGUUCUUUGUGUCCAAGAUGCUCAAGUCUACAUGUUCGACGAGCCCUCUAGUUACCUGGAUGUGAAGCAACGUAUCGCCGCGGCGCAGGUGGUUCGGAGCUUGCAGACGGUGGAUAACUACAUCGUGGUGGUUGAGCACGACUUGGCAGUGUUGGACUACCUCUCCGACUUCAUUUGCUGCUUGUGGGGUUCGGCUGGUGCCUAUGGGGUGGUGACCAUGCCCUUCAGCGUUCGUGAAGGCAUCAACAUCUUCUUGGACGGCUUUAUUCCCACCGAAAAUCUCAGAUUUCGCGAGGUGUCCUUGAGCUUCAAAGUCUCGGAGGACUUGGAUCCGUCGAAAUUGGACCGGUUGCACAAUACCGAGUACCCAAUGAUGACCAAGAAGAUGGGUACUUUUCAACUUGACAUCCAGGCUGGCAACUUCGCCUCAAGCGAAAUUCUGGUCCUUCUGGGGCAGAAUGGGACUGGCAAGACCACCUUCAUCCGAAUGCUUGCCGGCUUGUUGAAACCUGACGAUAUGAAAGAAGGCGAUGAAUUGCCUGAGCUGAAUGUGUCCUACAAGCCGCAGACCAUCAGCGCCAAGUUUGAUGGUACAGUCAAGGACUUGUUCUUGGGGAAGAUCCGAGAUGCGUUUUUGCAUCCGCAGUUCCAGACUGAUGUGACAAAGCCCAUGCUUAUCGAUCAGAUUGCAGACCACAAUGUACAGACAUUGAGUGGUGGCGAAUUGCAACGAGUGGCUUUGGUGCUCUCUCUGGGGAAGCCUGCGGAUAUCUACCUGAUCGAUGAGCCCUCCGCCUACCUUGAUGUCGAACAACGCGUCGUGGCCGCCCGCGUGAUGAAGAGGUUCAUCUUACAUGCCAAAAAGACAGCCUUCAUCGUGGAACACGACUUCAUCAUGGCUACGUAUUUGGCAGAUCGGGUCAUCGUCUACGAUGGUAGACCCGGCAUUCACUGCAUGGCAUCUGCACCGAUGUCCUUGUUGGAGGGCAUGAACAAGUUCUUGGCGCAGCUGGAGAUCACCUUCCGUCGUGACCCCACGAACUUCCGGCCUCGCAUCAACAAAGCGGAGUCGGUGAAGGACCGGGAACAAAAGUCGGCUGGCAGCUACUUUUUGUUGGAGGAGUGA